UACAUAAACUGUCAACGUUUAACAACUGUCAAGUUUGUUGUCUAUGUCUUUUCCUGAGUAAAUUUCUCUUGAGAGUAACAAAAAUGGGUCGUUAUUCUCGAGAGCCGGAUAACCCUGCCAAAUCAUGCAAGGCGCGUGGAUCGAAUCUCCGCGUUCACUUCAAGAACACAUAUGAAACAGCGAUGGCAAUAAAAAAGCUGCCACUCCGCAGGGCUGUCCGUUACCUUAAGAAUGUAGUAGACAAGAAAGAAUGCAUACCAUUCCGUCGCUUCAAUGGAGGCGUAGGCAGAUGUGCACAGGCCAAACAGUUUGGUACCACACAGGGUCGCUGGCCCAAGAAAUCUGCAGAAUUCCUGCUGCAACUGCUGAGGAAUGCUGAAUCCAACGCUGACUACAAAGGCCUAGAUGUUGACAGGCUUGUCAUUGAUCACAUACAGGUGAACCGCGCCCCCUGCCUGCGCAGACGCACGUACCGCGCGCACGGUCGCAUCAACCCCUACAUGUCGUCGCCCUGCCACAUCGAGGUGUGCCUCAGCGAGCGCGAGGACGCGGUGGCGCGCGCCGCGCCCGCCGAUGACGCGCCGGCCAAGAAGAAGCUCUCCAAGAAGAAGCUGGCGCGCCAGAAGGAGAAGAUGAUGAGGGAGUAGGGGCUAGGGGUUAAUAAAUGACUUGCAACAAA